AUGGGUAGUUAAUGCUCAUAGUGUUAGACUUGUUAGAAAAGAGAAGAAUAGGUAGUAGUUUUAUCAGAGAUCAGACAGCAGAGCUCUUAAAAUAUGAAUCAGUAUUCUUAGUAACCACCUGAAGAAGAAAAUGAUGAAAGUUCAUGUAAUCCAUGAGAAUAAUUAGUGAGCAAAGGAAUAGAGUUGAGGAAAAAUACAAACUUAGAAUAAAAGUAUUAAUCAGAAGCCCCAAUUCCAACUCCUAUCGUGACUCCAGCUAUAGCCCCAACCUAAUUAGUUACUUUCAGUGCUCAAAUACAAUAACCAUAACUGACCCAAGAAUCUUAAAAUGAUCCCAGCAUCUUUAAAAAAGACGGAAUGGAUAAAAGAAAUUAAGAAGAUUUGAAUUAAGAUGAGGUCAAUAAGCAAGGUCCUAGAGAGAAGAGGCCUAAAUAUGUGUUUAAGAGUGGAGCAAUUUAUGAGGGAGAAUGGAUAGGAAAUAUGAGAGAUGGUUUUGGAAUUCAAAUAUGGUCUGAUGGAGCAAAAUAUGAAGGUGAAUGGAAAGCUAAUUAAGCUAAUGGCAGAGGUAAGUUUUGGCAUGUGGAUGGAGACUAUUAUGAAGGUGAAUGGAAAAAUGAUAGAGCAAAUGGUGUUGGUAAGUAUAUCCAUGCUGAUGGAGCUUAAUUUGACGGGGAAUGGCUUGAAGAUUUGCAACAUGGAUAGGGUAGAGAAUUUUGGGCAGAUAAUUCGAAAUAUGAAGGUCAAUAUAGAUAAGGAAAGAAGUAAGGUUUCGGAGCCUAUUAAUGGGCUGAUGGCUCUACUUAUAAAGGAAUGUGGAAUGAUAACAAAUUAAAUGGUUUUGGAGUUUAUAUUUGGCCUGAUGGGAGGGUAAGAUGAUUAGUUCAUACAAAGCGCUAUGAAGGGUUUUGGUAGCAUAAUCAAAUGAAUGGAAGGGGCAUUUACUAUUGGCCAGACGGAAGGAAUUAUGAUGGGGAGUACUUAAAUGAUAAGAAACAUGGAUUUGGAGUGUAUAAAUGGAAUGAUGGUCGAUGCUAUGAAGGAUAUUGGUUAUAAGGGAAGCAACAUGGAAUAGGAAGGUAUAUGUUAAACGAUGGACAGAGUUAAGUCGGAGUUUGGGAGAAUGGGAUAAGAAAAAAAUGGUUAGAAGGAGAAAGUAAAAUAGAGAGACCUAAGGAUUGGGAUAAAUAUGUUCAUCCGAAAUUAGAAGACUUUUAAUGA